AUGCCGGAGGCGGCAUUGGGUCGCGCCCCGGGCACUCCGGCCACUCCGCCAUCUUCCGGAGGCAGCGCUCUUCCUGCCACCGGAGUAGACAGAGUGCUGCGCCGCUAUGAGAAAAUCAUCAAGAGUCCAGAGGACAAGAGAGUAUACCGGGGACUGCAGCUGGGAAACGGCAUGAAGGUGUUGUUGGUGAGCGACCCCGACACCGAGAAGGCGGCCGCCGCACUCGACGUCAACGUCGGGUACCUCAGCGAUCCCGAGGAGCUGCCCGGGCUGGCGCACUUCUGCGAACACAUGCUUUUUCUGGGCACCGAGAAAUAUCCCCAGGAGAACGAGUACAGCAAAUUCCUGUCGGAGCACGGCGGCUCCUCCAACGCGAGCACGUCCGCCGACCACACCACGUUCUACUUCGACGUGCUGCCGUCGCACCUCGGCGCCUCCCUCGACAUCUUCGCGCAGUUCUUCAUCGCGCCGCUGUUCACGGAGAGCGCGACGGGCCGCGAGCUGAGCGCCGUCGACUCGGAGCACGAGAAGAACCGCGCGUCGGACGGCUGGCGCCUCGAGCAGCUCAACAAGAGCACGGCGGACCCCGGACAUCCGUACCACAAGUUCGGCACCGGUAACCGGGAGACGCUGGAGACGAUCCCGCGGCGGAAGGGCGUCGACGUGCGGGCCGAGCUGCUCGCCUUCCACGCGCGGUGGUACUCCGCCGACAUCAUGGCGCUCGUCGUCGUUGGGAGAGAGUCGACGGACGAGCUGGAGGCGUUGGUGUCGGAGUUGUUCGGCGCGGUGAAGGCGAACGGCGCGUCCCCUCCCCGCUGGGACGAGUCCCCCUUCCCCCGAGACUGCCUGCGCAAGCGCGCCUACUGCGAGCCCGUCAAGGACCUGCGUUCGCUGUCCGUCGACUUCCCCCUUCCCGACUUCCGUCGGCACUACAAAAGCGGGCCGAGUCAGUACCUGUCGCACCUGCUGGGCCACGAGGGGCCGGGCAGCCUCCUCGCCGCGCUGAAGGCUCGCGGAUGGUGCAACAGCUUGGUGGGCGGCAGCCGCCUGGGCGCCCGCGGCUUCGGCUUCUUCAGCGUGCAAGUGGACCUGACCGAGGAGGGCGUCGAGCACUCGGACGACGUCGUGGCGCUGCUCUUCGAGUACCUGGCGAUGCUUCGCGAGGUCGGCGAGCAGCGGUGGGUGUGGGAGGAGCAGCGCGAGCUGUCGGCCUUGGAGUUCCGCUUUCGCGACGCGCUCGAGCCGAGGACGCUGGCCCACGCGCACGCGCAUCAGUUGCAGGAGUACCCGACGGAGGAGGUGCUCAGCGCGCAGUACCUGCUGUCGGAGUGGCGGCCGGACCUCAUCCGGGAGACGCUCGAGCUGCUCACGCCGGACCGCGUCAGAUUGGCCGUCGUCGCCAAACGUUUCGCCGACCGCUGCGUUCUGACGGAGCCCUGGUACGGCACCAAGUAUCUACAGGAGGACAUCGACGACGAGACCCUUCAGAAAUGGCGGACGGCGCGAGGCGGCGCCGAGCUGCAUCUGCCGCCGCCCAACGAGUUCAUCCCCCGCAGACUGACGAUGAUCGAAGACGACGACCCCACGGCCGGCCAGGCGGCGCCGCUCAUCGUCAAGGACACGCCGCUGAUGCGCGUGUGGUACAAGCGGGACGACGAGUUCCGACUGCCGAAAGCGUUCAUCACCCUGGAGUUCGCCAGUCCGCUGCUGUACUCGUCGCCGACGGCGGCCGGCCUCGCGGCGCUGUGGGCGGCGCUGCUGCGGGACGCGCUGCAGCAGGAGCUGUACGCCGCCGAGCUGGCCUCGCUGCGCUGGGGCGUGGCCAACGCCAAGCGCUCGAUCAACGUGACGGCGGCGGGCUUCGACGACAGGCUGCCGGCGCUGACGCGGCGGGUGGCGGAGGCGCUGCUGUCGUUCCGCGUCGACCCGCGCCGCUUCGAGAUCCUCAAGGAGGCGCACCUGCGAGCCCUCGCCAACUUCGACGCGGAGCAACCCUACCAGCACGCCGUGUACGCGCAGGCGCUGUGUCUGUCCGCCGAGGUGUGGACGCGCCGAGACCUGCUGGAGGCCGCGCGGCGCCUUACGCCGGAGAUGCUGGACGACUUCGUGUCGCGCGUGCGCCGCGGCCUCCACCUGGAGGCGCUCGUGAUGGGCAACGUGAGCCGGAGCGCCGCCCUGGAGCUCGCCGCGCACCUCGAGGCCACGUUCCCGGAGGACGCCGUGCCUCUGCUGGCGGCGCAGCUGACGCCGUCGCGCGAGGUGGAGCUCGACGCCGGCUCGUGGCACCUGUGCUCGCGGCCGCACUCCGUGCACCGCUCGUCGUGCGCCGCCGUGUACCUGUCGUGCGGCGGCCGCUCGUCGCGCGCCAACGUGACCCUCGAGCUGCUGGCGCACGUGGUGGGCGAGCCCUGCUUCCACGCGCUGCGCACGCGGGAGCAGCUCGGCUACAUCGUGUUCAGCGGCGUCCGGCGCUCGGCGGGCGCGCAGGGGCUGCGCGUGAUCGUGCAGGGCGACCGCCACCCGGCCCACCUCGACUCCCGCAUCGUCGCCUUCCUGGACUCCGCGCGGGACUACCUCGAGAAGAUGAGCGAGGAGGAGUUCCUGAAGCACCGCUCGUCGCUGGCGGCGGAGCGCCUGGAGCGGCCGAAGCGGCUGUCGGAGAAGGCCGGCCGGGUCUGGGGAGAGAUCACGUCGCAGAUGUACAACUUCGAGCGAGCGCGCGUGGAGGUGGACGAGCUGAACGCGGUGACCAAGCGGGAGCUGCUCGACUUCUACUCGAGACACGUCCACUCCUCGUCGCCGGAGGCGCGGAAGCUGUCCGUCCACGUGGUGUCCGUGGCGGAAGGCGGGGCCGGAAACGCGGACGGCGAAAGCGCGGACGCGGAAGGCGAAGACGCGACUCGAGCGCCCGAGGACGCGCGUAGGCGGCCCGCCCUCAUCACGGACCUGCUGGAGUUCAAGAGCCGCCGAGGCCUGGGGCCUCUGCCCGCGCCCUACGCGCCGGUGCCUCGCAAGGGCGCGCACAGCAAGCUCUAG